UUCUGUGAUGUCUGUGAUGAUGUUGUGCAGUUCCCUUUUAGUCUUCAUCUUCUCUCUCAGAGGUGUGAGUGCCAGUGGCGUAUUAGUAGUCUAUGCAAACAAAUCUGCUGAAGUUGCACAAGGAGAAGAUGGCCUCCUCCACUGCAGAUUUGACAAGGGAAAAAAGGAGACAGACGAAGGAGACAUAACAGUCAUUUGGCGUUCAGAGGACAAACACACAGGGCCAAUAAUUUUUCAAUGUUCAAAGAACAGUAGAAACUGUUCGAGGUCAGUUGGUCGGUUUUCAUUGGUGGGAAAUAUAGAGAAUGACAAUGCCUCUCUCCUGAUUACGGAUGCUAGGAUGAGUGAUGCUGACACAUACUUUUGUCGUGUGGAGUUGACUGGUUCAGACAAAUACACUGCUGAAGGAUUAAAUCUCAAAGUCACAAAGCCUCGAAAGCUUCACAGUAUCUUUGUCCGCAUUGAUGAAAAUGGGACAACGUUUGUGACGUGCAUCGUCAUUGGAGACCCACCUCCCUCUGUGAUGUGGGUAGAGCCAAAUCUAACAGCAGCCUCAGAUGUGGAUCAAUUGAGCAGCUAUGCAACUUUAUCUUCAGUUCCCGUCCAGGUUUUUAAUGUCACAUACACCUGUCAGAUCAGUACGAGUAAAGGAAUUCAAAACCUCUCAAUUUCCUCUACAAGCUUAUGCAACAAUAUGCGAAGUGACAACGUGACAAACAACCAAUAUGAUUGGAAGUUGAUCUUGAUCUUGAUUCUGAUGUGUGUGUUGAUUCUUGUCGGACUUGCUGUCGCUACAUUUGCCUUAAGGCGUCCUAGAGAAGGCAAAAAAGAAGAAAUUGAAGUGCAGCCCACAUAUGGUAACGUGUUACCACCACCAAGGAGACAGCAGAGGAUGAACAUCUACAAAGAGUAGCCAUUCAUGUCAUUUUUUUUUUCCAGUUGGGGAAAAGGACAUUUUGAUAUUUGAUUGAAAUGAUCAUUAUUUUGAUACAUUUGUUUUCUUUUGUACACAUACAGGUCAAACGUCUGAGGUCACUUAUACAUUUCCAUUCCUAUCCAUUAUAGACACAAUUCCACCUGUCUUGCAUUGUUUAUUUUAAUCAGGGCAGCAGUUUUCAGAUUACAUUAUGUGCUUAUAUAAUUAAUUGCAAAAGGUUUCUCCAAUGUUGCUGAUAAUGGGCAAUGUAGAUACUGCAUUAAAGAUCAGCCAUUUCUUUCUACAACAGUCAAGAAUCCGUCUACAAUUAUGUAAGCACAUAAUGCAUGUAAUCUGAAAACUACCGCCCUGAUUAAGAAAACAAUGUAACUGAUCGCAGCUUCUGUCUAUAAUGGAGUGGAUUGGAAAUGUAUCAGUGAUCCCAAACUUUAGACUGGUAGUCUUUGUGUAUCUCACUAUCUCUCUUUAUCUCUCUCUCUCUCUCUCUCUCGCUCGCUCUCUCUCACACACUCUCUCUCUCUCUCACACACACACACACACAC